AGCUAUCAACAAUAAAAACCACUGGAAAUACCGAAAUUACCGAAAUGACUACAGAGUCGGAUAAGAAGUCGACUACUGUAUCGGUGACUGACAAACCUGAAGUAAAUUGUGGAUUAAAUCAAUAUUACAAUACUUGUGGAUCGCAGUGUAGUGAGUCAUGCAAAUUAUUUGCCAACGGGAUAGACAAACCUACGUGCGGUCCUGAGUGCACACCGGGAUGUUAUUGCAAUAAAGGCUUAUUUAGGAAUAGUUACGGCGCGUGUGUCCCAAAGGAUCAAUGUCAGUGCAAAUCAAUGACCUCAUGUGACGGACCCAAUGAAAUGUUUUUCUGGUGUUAUCACGAGUGCGGCCGUACGUGUGCUGAUUACAUGCACUCAGAUAUCAACGCCAACUGUCCUGAUAAGUGUUCCAGAGGUUGCUUUUGUAAAGAUGGUUUUGUGCGCAACAAAUACGGUAUGUGUUUGCCAACCGAUGACUGUAAUAUGACGGUUCAGAUGAAAUGCGGAUCAAAUGAGAUUCAUAUGGAUUGUGGAUCCGAUUGCGGACGACAUUGUCACGAGAGGUCCAAAUCGGGUAAAGAUUUAGAGUGUUUUUCAUGUAAAAUGGGCUGUUAUUGCGCUGAAGGCUACUAUCGAUCGGAUAGUGGGCAAUGUGUUACCGAAGCUGAGUGUCCACUAAGUGUUGUUCAGAAACCAAACAAAAAGUGUAGUUCUAACGAAAUAUAUACCGAUUGUGGCAACUUUUGUGACCAGUUGUGCACAGUUCUCAAUAAAGAUAAAUUGCAACUUAAUUGUAGCCUUACAUGCGCUCCGGGAUGUAUUUGUCGCGAUGGUUAUAAACGAAACAAACUUCUUACAUGUGUUGCUGAGGAUGACUGUCGCGCGUGCGAUGAAAACGAAGAAUUUUCAAAAUGUGGCACUGAUUGUGGUCAUCACUGCAAUGAUCUUCUCAAAGAUAACAUUCCCUGUCCAUUGGUUUGCAAUAUCGGUUGCUUUUGCAAUAGUGGUUACUAUCGAAACAAAAAGGGAAAGUGUGUGACAAAGAGUACAUGCGAUACGGAUCCCAUUCUGUGCAAUACUAACGAAGAAUAUUUAUAUUGUGGCAAUCAUUGUGGCGAAACCUGUGAAGACUUGCGAAAUCCGAUACACUGUCCAAAAGUGUGUGAAAAGGGAUGUUUCUGUAAACAUGGAUACUAUAGAGAUAUCGAUGGCAAUUGUUUGACCAAAGAUCAGUGCGAUUUGGAACAGAAUCAAGAAAUCGAUGAUCAGAUUAAUUGUAAGACAAAUGAAGAGUAUCGCAAGUGUGGCAAUAAAUGUCUUGAGUUGUGUGAAGAUAGUAUGCAUUGUACUAAUGAAUGCCAAAAAGGUUGCUUCUGUAGUGUUGGAUAUCUGAGACACAAGUCUGGCCAUUGUGUACCUGAAGACAAAUGCAAUGUUGUCAACGAAUGUCUUGAGUGUGACGCCAAUGAAUACUAUACGAGUUGUGGCAGUGAUUGCGGUAAACAUUGUUACGAACUGAAGACAGUUGUCGCGGACACCAAUAGGACGACUGAGUGUACAAAAAGUUGUAAAAAAGGCUGUUUCUGUAAACACGGGUUCCGGAGGAAUGGAUUUGGAAAAUGUUUUUAG